GCGAGCACCGCCCGGAUCGCGGCAGACGGCUCCGACGAGCCAGGCUGCGGCGCGAGUCUGAAAAGCUCCCGGGAAGCUCCCACAGUGCGGAGACUUCGGAGAGGAGAGAGCUGGCAGCCCCCGCGCGCUCCAGUCUGCAAGUGGGAGCUCGGCCCGGCGGCACCUGUUCCUCUCGCCCCUCGACCCGCGCCUCCCCGGAGCCCGCCCGCUCCGGCGAUGAAUCCCGCGCCGGGGAACCAGACGGACGUGGCCGGCCUGCUCCUGGCCAACAGCAGCGAGGCGCUGGAGCGCGCGGUGCGCUGCUGCACCCAGGCGUCCGUGGUGACCGACGACGGCUUCGCCGAGGGCGGCCCGGACGAGCGCAGCCUGUACAUCAUGCGCGUGGUGCAGAUCGCGGUCAUGUGCGUGCUCUCGCUCACCGUGGUCUUCGGCAUCUUCUUCCUCGGCUGCAACCUCCUCAUUAAGUCCGAGGGCAUGAUCAACUUCCUGGUGAAGGACCGGAGACCGUCGAAGGAGGUGGAGGCGGUGGUCGUGGGGCCCUACUGACCGGCCCUGCGGCCCCGCGGCGGCCGCGCCCCUCACCAGCGAGACCGGGCGAAGCAAACCUGUCGGAGUCAAUGAUUUCUCUCGACUUUUGCCUUUCGGGACGAAGCGACCUGUUUCUCCCACGCUCUUCGAAAGUCCCCAGGCCUGGCUACUCUGGACUCCGCUGGAAGUGGCAAGAAGAGGGCGAUUAGGGCGCAAACUUUGGAAGCUGCCGCUAGCUGGGGAUGCGGGGAACCGACGGGGCGAAGGGCCUUCUCCACCCGCAGGUGGGCAAGCUCUGGGGGUCGGUGGAGAGGGUGGGCGGGGGAAGAGACCCAGAGGCACCGAAUGCCCAGGCGGCCUGGAAAGUGAUCCGUGUAUAAGCCACGUAAUAAAACGCGGGGACAUAAAUCCAUGUCCGGAUUCGCGCCCAUUCUCUCCCUCCCUUCCCAGCCCUGGCGGGAGAGGCGAGAAAUAUCUUUAAUUGAUUACGACUUGAUGUUUUAAGGGAUUUUUGUGUUUGCUUGAAUAUAAAUAUUUGAUAUGUCCUUUUCUGCCCUAGUGGCCUGUUUGCCUGCCUGGAGUUAGAGUUUUGUCAACGUGGGGAAAGGGGUGGGGGAGGGGAAGCCUAAGAAUGUGAACUGGGUGAGUUGUGUGGUUUGGGGUUUUUGUUUUGUUUUGUUUUGUUUUUGUUUUGCAUUCACAACUGGGCCUUUUGGGAGGGGGCCGGGGCUGGUGCCCCAGCUGGCCCGAGCAAAGACUCUACUAGAACUUGUCUGUAGCUCGUGACUGCACGAUUUACGCCACAAAAGUGCUCUUGAUAUUCGUGAAACAGUUUUGACUUUCCCUCCGCCCCCUUGUUUAACAUUUC